AGGGAGAAGAAAGGGGAGAGGAGGAAAACGGUGAAAGGCACAUACAACAGAAACUGGGGGAGAACGGUGGAUGAUUUACGCUUUAAAAUUUGCAUUACAGCUACUUGAAGAGUUGCGGCGAAGAGGAACAGAACAAAAUGAUAACGCCUUACUUCCUAGAAAAUUUCUGGGGAGAAAAGAACAAUGGCUUUGAUGUGCUGUACCACAACAUGAAGCACGGGCAGAUUUCCUCCAAGGAGCUGACGGACUUCAUCAGAGAAAGGAGUGUCAUUGAAGAGGCCUACGCCAGGUCCAUGACCAAACUCGCCAAGUCAGCUGGUAACUUCUCUCAGCUGGGGACCUUUGCACCAAUGUGGGAUAUCUUCAAAAGCUCAACGGAGAAACUGGCCACCUGUCACAUGGAGCUAGUGAAGAAGCUGCAAGACCUUAUAAAAGAAGUGCAGAGAUAUGUGGAAGAACAGGCCAAAGCUCAUAAGAAGACAAAAGAAGAAGUGGCGCCAACCCUGGAGGCCGUCCAGAGCAUCCAGUCCAUCUCUCAGUCUCUUCAGAAGUCCAAGGAGAACUACAAUGCCAAAACCGUGGAGCAGGAGCGGCUCCGCAAAGAGGGGGCCACCCAGCGAGACGUGGACAAGGCUGGAGUGAAAGCCAAAAAAGCCAUAGAGACCUACAAGUCAUAUGUGGAGAAGUACGCUUCAGCCAAGUCCGACUUUGAACAGAAGAUGGCAGAAACUUCACAGAGAUUCCAGGACAUCGAGGAAAACCACAUUCUCCACAUGAAGGAGAUCAUCCGCUCGUACUUGCAGUCUGUGGAGGAAACGCACGUUCAGAUCGGAGAGGUGCACAAUGAAUUUGUGAGGAACAUCGAGAACACUUCGGAGGAGAGUUUAAUACAAAAACUGUCUGAGAGCAAAGGAACAGGCAAGGAGAGGCCAGGACCCAUCGAAUUUGAGGAAUGCAACACGGCCAUCGCAACAGAAGGUGCCAAACCCAGAAAGAGGAAAACGUUUGGCAUUCCCGGCCGCAGGAAAGACAAGGACACGGACUCGACUGAAUCGACAGAAGUCGACCCUGCUAACACUGCCAACGGUGCUCCCCCAGGAUAUUAUGGCUCCAUAGACAUCCAGAACGCUAAUGUGCCUCAAGUUGACGCCGAAGGAUUCUGCAUCAGACCAGAAGUGAACGAAAACGAUCCCAAAGACAACUCCUUCUACUCGUCCAGCGACUCGGAGGACGAGGACGAGCCCAGGAAGUUCCACGUGCAGAUCAAGCCCGUCCAGCCCAACAACGGCACGCAUCAGAACCGGGCCAACAUCGACGAGCUCAAAGCCUCCAUCGGAAACAUCAUCCUGUCGCCCUCCACCUCGGGACAAAUGCGCAGGAACCAGUCCAGGUUUACUGGAGUAUCUACCUUAAGAUCUAAGGCUAAGGAUGACGAACUGGCGAAACCCAGAGGGUCAACGCCAUUCGAGCUGAGGAACAACGACCUUCUGUCUCUGGAUCCGCUGAGCUCUGCUUCAGGAGUCGGGUCCUCCUCCUCUGUGUCGUCCACAGCAGACCUCGCUUCUGUCUUCUUUCCAAUCCCUUCAUCUCCAUCUUUUCUGAUGAAUGACUCUGAGGUCUUUCUGCCAGAGGCAGCAGUCGACACUGUGAGCCGCUUUACCCCAGUGGCAGAGCGCCAGCAGUCCAAAGAUGUCUCCUCUUUCUCCUCAUCCACCACCUCUCCCUGGGAUUCCCCCGAAAACACUUCCCAAGGGCUGAGGCCUGCGCCGGUGAGGGCCCAGAGCGCCCCCAUCACCCAGCCCACCGAGCCAAUAGACCCCGUCAAAAGCCCGACCGCCGCCAGCCCCCCAGAGACCCCGAAGUCCGUUGACGGCUUCUCCUCUGUGUCCUGGUCCCAGAGUCAGUGGAUUGCUUUCGGGGAUAGGUCCGCUCCGCCGUGCCGUCACGGCUUGGGCUCUUCCGUAGCGGAGGUCCAGAAGGCUCCGGCUGGCGGCUUCGGCAGGGCGAGCCGCUUCCUGUCGGAUGAGUCUGCAGAUGCUUUCUGCAAAGCAGCAGCUGCGGCGGUCAGAGAGGACAGCAGUCCUGACGUCUUCUCUGAUAGGACAGUAGCAGCAGCCACAGCAGGCAAAAUGUUUCAUGUGCCAGUACCAAACCGACCUACGACUCCUCUGGCGGCUGGAGCCCUCGUCCCACCACCGCGUCCUUCCUCCAGACCCAAACUCCCCACCGGAAAACUCACGGGAAUCAAUGAAAUUGUCCGGCCUUUCAGCCCACCCAAAGCAUCCAACGCCAGCCCCCCUCCGACAGCACCGCUCGCCCGGGCCGAGAGUUCUUCCUCGCUGUCCUCGAACGCCUCGCUCAGUGCCGGGAACACUCCCACCGUCGGAUCUGAACACACUUUUGCUCCUCCCCUCUCCUGCUCAGGGUCUGACCUCAGCAACUUUUCUCCUCAUGUGCUUCUAAACCAAAAGGACGAUGGGUUUGUAGCCAAGCUGCCCGCCUUUGAGAAGCGGUGUGAAGCACCAGCAGGGACGUCUCGCGGUCCGAGCCCUGUGACCCUGGGAUCCCAAGAUGCCUUGCCCAUCGCCGUUGCCUUCACGGAAACAGUUAAUGCUUACUUCAAAGGAGCUGAUCCUACCAAGUGCAUCGUGAAGAUCACCGGCGACAUGACGCUGUCGUUCCCCAUGGGCAUCAUCAAGGUGUUCACCACCAACCCCUCCCCGGCCGUCCUCACCUUCAAGCUGAAAAACACCAGCAGGCUGGAGCAGAUCCUGCCGAACCAGCAGCUCCUAUACAGCGAUCCUUCCCAAAGCGACUCCAACUCCAAGGACUUCUGGUUCAACAUGCAAGCCCUGACAUCCUACCUCAGAAAAGCCUCCGAGCAGAAUCCGUCGGCCUCCUACUACAAUGUGGAAAUCUUAAAAUACCAGGUGCUGUCCGACGGGAUCCAUUCGACUCCUCUCAAUCUGGCCGUGUACUGGAAGUGUACGCCGAGCACAACAGACCUGCGGCUGGACUACCGCUACAACCCGGACUCCAUGGACUCGCCCGGACCGCUCACCAACAUACAAGUCCUGGUUCCCGUCGACGGGGGCGUCACCAACAUGCAGUCUCUACCCAACUCCAUAUGGAAUUCAGAGCAGAGCAAGUGUCUCUGGAAGCUGAGCGACAUCUCGGAAAAGUCUGAAAACGAAGGCGCCGGCUCUCUGCGGGCCAAGUUUGAGCUCUCCAAUGGCCCUUCGAGCCCGUCCACUUUGGCGGUCCAGUUCAUGAACGAGGGCAGCACCCUGUCAGGAGUCGACAUGGACCUGCAGGGGACUGGAUACAGGCUUUCGCUCAACAAGAAGAGAUUUGCCACGGGUCGCUACAUGGCAGACUGCUGAGGUGACACCGGCCCCGCCUCAUCUCCGAUCAAAAGAAAAAUCGAAGCGUCCCGAUUCGCCGGAGCACUUCUGCCCACGGUUUCGUGCAGGAAGCCAGAAUCUCACUACAGUAAAACAGCACUGAGUAAAGAACACUGUUUAAAAAACGAAAUAAUUAAAAAAAAUGAAACUCAGAUGAGCUUUCAGAAAAAUAUGUAGAUAUGAAGUCUAAUAAUACUUUCCGAUCAAUUAUGUACAGAGACAAUUUAUUGAUUCGCCAUAAAUUUAUAUUGUAUUUGAAAUUUUGAAAAAGGAAAAAAAAAAAAAACAUGCACUAACAACUUUUCCAGAAGCUCUUUUCCCUCUUGUACUCAUUUCUAAGAGCCUAGAAGGAAUAUGGAAUCUUUUUUUUUUUUUUUGUGUUGAGUUGAAAAGCUCUCACCGAACUGUAAAUAAUAACUCUUGACUCUCAAAAUCGGCUCUUCUUUACUGACUUUUCUCCACUUUUUAAACAUGUGCAAUGAAGCAAUGAAGGUCGAUUCUGUCUCCAACAGCAGGACUCUCACACUUGUGGCACAAACUUGAUCUUAAAUUGUUCUCGUGCUCUCAGAAAAUGCAAAAAAGGAAAAACAAAAAUCCAACCUCAGUGCCUGAUCUUGUACUGUGGAACAGAAGUCAAAAAAAAAAGAA